CCGUCUUGGAAGGAAGCCGGAAGAUAUCAUCAAAUUAGAUGCGAAUGAAAACCCUUAUGGUCCUCCACCAGAGAUUGUUUGUAGGUUUUUGAAGCUUUGGGCUCAAUGAAGUUCCCAUAUGUCUAUCCAGACCCUGAAAGCCGUCGCUUGCGUGCUGCCCUUGCAGAAGAUUCAGGACUUGAAUCUGAUUAUAUUCUUGCAGGAUGUGGUGCUGAUGAGCUCAUUGAUUUAAUUAUGCGUUGUGUGCUCGAACCUGGUGAUAAGAUUGUGGACUGCCCUCCGACCUUUACAAUGUAUGAGUUUGAUGCUGCAGUUAAUGGGGCACUUGUUAUAAAAGUCCCCAGGAAGGCAGACUUUAGCUUGAAUGUUGAACAAAUAACAGAUGUUAUUGAACGAGAAAAACCCAAAUGCAUAUUUUUAACAUCUCCUAACAAUCCAGAUGGGAGUGUAAUUGAUGAUGAAGAUCUUUUGAGAAUCCUUAAGCUUCCCAUAUUAGUGGUGCUGGAUGAAGCAUACAUUGAGUUUUCAGGGAUAGAAUCAAAAAUGAAAUGGGUGAAGAAACACGAGAAUCUAAUUGUUCUUCGGACAUUUAGCAAAAGAGCUGGUUUAGCUGGACUUCGUGUGGGAUAUGGAGCAUUUCCUUUGAGUAUCAUCGAGUAUCUUUGGAGAGCAAAGCAACCUUAUAAUGUUUCAGUUGCUGCUGAAAUUUCUGCUUGUGCAGCUUUGCAGAAUCCCACAUAUCUUGAGAAAGUGAAAGAUACGUUAGUACAAGAAAGGGAUAGGCUAUAUAAUCUUCUUAAGGAAGUGCCAUUUCUCAAUCCAUAUCCGAGCUAUUCGAAUUUCAUUCUUUGUGAGGUUGCAUCUGGAAUGGAUGCUAAGGUGUUAAAGGAUGACCUUGCUAAAAUGGGUGUAAUGAUCCGCCACUACAACAAAAAAGAAUUGAGGGGUUAUGUUCGUGUAUCUGUUGGGAAGCCUGAACACACAGAUGUCUUGAUGGAGUGCCUUAGACGCCUGUCUUGAUUCUUUGCCUGUGCAGGGGCAUCAUUAUAGGGAGCAGAAUUUGAUUUGAGAGGUCAAAUUUGAAAUUGUAUUUUUAUUCUACUUUGAACUGUAUUAUAAAAUCGCAAUAAUUAGCUUGUAUAUUGCGGAGCACGAAUGGUAUUUUGGUGUCAGUUUGAUACCUUCUGUUGUGGAAAAUGGGUCAGACAUUUUUGAUCUUCUCUAGAUUUUACUCUAGUUAUGGUUAAACUUUCUUUGAUAGAGAACGAGAGAGAUGCUCAAUUCUCUUUAGAUUUGUUGUCCCUAGUGCUUGCUUACCCUUGCUGUGCAAUUGGGUGGUAUGUAAACGUUUCAAAAAACAUUGCGAGCAAGAGCUGUUACGCUGUGGUACCCUGUUUACUGUGUGAUCUUGAAUUGUAAAAGCAUGUGAACUUAAAUCU